CAGCGCGCCGCGAGCCGAGCCGCAAUCGCGCCCUCUCGCUGCCUGGCGAAGGUGCGGACGGCGCGCGGAGGCGAACGCGGUGGAGAGGAGCCGCGGGCGCCGGAGCCCCCGGCAGAGCAUGAGGAUGGCCGUGGGCUCCGUCAGGAUGCAGCCCCCGUGCGAGAGCCCGGCCCUGGCCGCGGCGGCGGCGGCGGAGGUGGGCAGCCCGGGUGCCCGAGAGCCGGAGCGCGAGCAGCCGCCCGCGUCGCUGCGGCCGCGGCUGCGGGACCUCCCGGCGCUGCUGCGGAGCGGGCUCACCCUGCGAAGGAAGCGGAGCGCCGCCGGGGCCCGGACUCUGUCAAGAAGAAUUUCCAAUCCAUACCUUGAACACACUCCUUCCCAGAUUUAUGGAGAGAAUUCUUCUUGUGCAGGAAGAGCAUUGAGGAAUAUUAUCGUUCAGGCAGCUGACCUGGUAAAGGACCGAGUGAACCUCAAGGGGUUUUACAGGAGAAGCUGUGUUGGGUCAGAACUUGUCGACUGGCUUCUAGAGCACUGUCCUUUUGUCCCGUGCAGAGCUAUGGCCGUAGGAGUCUGGCAGCUCCUUUUGGAUAUGGGGAUUAUGUCAUCAGUGGACCAGCAUCUCUACUUUCAAGAUAAUUAUGUUUUCUACCAGUUCUCAUCUGAUGAAUGUAGCUACUUGUACUGUGAAUUUGAAAGAGAAGAAGAAUGGCAAAAUGGUGUCAAACUUCUGCUGCAGCUUGUGCCCCUCAUUCCUGCCAGGGCUGGCAUCUGUGAACUGUCUCAUCAGAAAAUUGAAGAUUCUGAAGAAAGCAGUGAUGAAAUCCUUGCUCGUCUAACAUCUGCGGUGCAGAGAGAGCUAGCAGCUGUUAUCGCUUUGAAAGCAAGGAAGUCUGCCCUUGAACAAAAUGAUGAAGACAACGACAAACAUGUACCUGUAACAGAAGCUGAAGGUGUUCCAGAUUCUCAGGCUGGGGUGAUGUGCAAGCUUCAAGAGAGAGAUGACAUUGGACGCAUUGAACUGGUUCAGAAGCUGGCAAGAGAAAACUGUCAGUUUUUGCAGACAGACAAAAAAGAACCGGAGAAGUCUGAACACCAAGAUGAUGAAGUGACGACUCUUCAGGUUAAAGAGCAAGACCAGACCAUCCUGGUGCUCAAGAAAGUGCCGGGCUGUGGCCCAGCCCCCACCGCUGGCAGCGCUGAGAGCGAUUGGAGAUACGUGGUGGUGUCCGGGACCCCAGAGAAGAUCUUGGAGCACCUUUUGAAUGACUUGCACCUGGAGGAGGUCCAAGACAAAGAAACAGAGACCCUCCUCGAUGAUUUCCUUCUCACGUACACUGUCUUCAUGACGACUGAUGACUUGUGCCAGGCGCUGUUAAGGCACUAUUCUGCUAAAAAGUAUCAAGGCAAAGAAGAAAAUUCAGAUGUCCCUUGUAGGAAACGUAAAGUCUUGCAUCUGGUUUCCCAGUGGAUUGCUCUGUACAAAGAUUGGCUGCAUGAGGAUGAACAUUCAAAAAUGUUUUUAAAGACCAUAUAUAGGAAUGUACUGGAUGAUGUCUAUGAAUAUCCAAUACUUGAAAAAGAGUUAAAAGAAUUUCAAAAGAUACUUGGAAUGCAUCGUCGUCACACUGUAGAUGAAUAUUCACCACAAAGGAAGAAUAAAACCCUUUUCCACCAAUUCAGUCUUAAGGAGAACUGGCUCCAGCACAGAGCAACUGUGGCGGAAACAGAGGAAUUUUUUUGCCAUGUAUACAUAACAGAGCACUCCUAUGUCAGUGUGAAGGCGAAGGUUUCCAGUACAGCCCAGGAAAUCCUGAAGGUCGUAGCAGAAAAGAUCCAGCAUACAGAAGAGGAUCUGGCUCUGGUGGCCAUCAUGUUCUCCGGGGAAAAGCAUGAGCUUCAGUCAAAUGACUUGGUCCUCUCCAAGUCCCUGGAACCAUCUGGUCGGAUUUAUGUCUACCGAAAAGACCUAGCAGAUACUUUGAACCCUUUUGCAGAAAAUGAGGAAUCACAGCAAAGGUCUAUGAGGAUUUUGGGAAUGAACACUUGGGACCUUGCUCUAGAGUUAAUGAAUUUUGAUUGGAGUCUCUUCAAUUCAAUUCACGAGCAAGAGCUGAUCUACUUCACAUUCAGCAGACAGGGAAGUGGGGAGCACACCGCGAACCUCAGCCUCCUGCUCCAGAGGUGCAAUGAAGUCCAGCUAUGGGUGGCCACGGAGAUUCUGCUUUGCAGCCAGCUGGGCAAGCGAGUGCAGCUGGUGAAAAAAUUCAUCAAAAUCGCAGCUCACUGCAAAGCCCAGAGAAACCUGAAUUCCUUCUUUGCUAUCGUGAUGGGUCUCAACACUGCUUCUGUCAGCCGGCUGUCGCAGACCUGGGAGAAAAUCCCUGGGAAGUUCAAGAAACUUUUCUCUGAACUUGAAAGUUUAACAGAUCCUUCCUUAAAUCACAAAGCCUACAGAGAUGCAUUCAAAAAGAUGAAGCCACCAAAAAUCCCUUUCAUGCCCUUACUGCUAAAAGAUGUAACAUUUAUUCAUGAAGGAAAUAAAACAUUUUUGGAUAACCUUGUCAAUUUUGAAAAACUGCACAUGAUUGCAGACACUGUGAGAACCCUGAGACACUGCCAGACUAACCAGUUUGGAAGUGACAUGUCUCCGAAGGAGCAUCAGGAGCUGAAGUCCUACGUUACCCACCUGUAUGUCAUCGACAGCCAGCAGGCCCUGUUCGAGCUGUCCCACAGGCUUGAGCCGAGGGCGUGAGAUGCCACCCGCCUCCUGUGACUGCUGCACUUUGAGCCACAGGAAGGUCUCUGCCCAGCACGUUGCUUCCUGUGAGAAAAGAAGUUGCUGAGUUUUAUCAGCACACCACAAGAGGUGCACAGGAAAGGCAGCCAGAGCGUGUUCAGGAAGUGAUAUCAGCUGCCAGGGAUGGGAGCGGCCCCUCCACGAUGCUCUUGGAGUGAGGAGGAAGGAAGAGCUGGCAGUAUUCUUGGAACAGAGAGGCCUCUUUUCUUACCAAUUGCUGAUCUGAUCCAGGUUUCCAUUUAAGAUGUGCUGGCUUCGACAGGAGAAAACACAGCCUGACACACAACGAACAGAUACUUCAGUAUGAGUGUGCCUGCAGCAAGAAGACAUCAGGUUACCGCUGUCAGAUCAUCAGAGGACUGUGGACGCCCAAAGACAAGCAAGGGCAUCUCUAGACAUCCACGCAGGGGAAGCUAUCUCUCCACCCAAACUCUGACAUCACAAAAGCCAUGCGAGUCUGGGCAGUUGCGGAUGGUAACGGGCAGUCCUGCUCCGCUGUGCGGAUGUGAAACACCAAGGCACGUACUUGUUUGCAUCCACAAUCACUUACAGUAUAUGACUGCAGGUGCAGUUAGCAUCUGUGCAACCGAUACGCUUCUAUAGGCAGGUAGACAUAGUUGCUUUGCCAGGGAGCAAAAAGUAGUCUUUAAGCAGUUGACUCCUUGUUUCAUUCCUGGGGAUUUUCUUUCAUGUUUGUAAGCAGGCUCUUAUUUUUCACUGGGCACAGUAUGCUCUGUAUAUGCACAGUGCCUGAACACACUGUACCUGCUCAGAAAUGACUCGUGGAGGGGAGGAUCACAGAUGCUGUGUUCCGUGUCUGAUGAAGUCCUAGUGUUUUGCAGCCCUCGAGCAGAUGCGCUGCCCACAGGAUGCAGUGAGAACGGCCCAGGGAAAGAGAGGAGCUGUGUGUGUGAAGCAGUCAGUGCUAUCUAGAGAGACAUAACAGGAUGGUGGGGAUUACAACAGUCUUGGGGCAAGUAAAAUGUUGCCCAGAAAUGUCUAGAUGUCUGACUUAAACGUUGGAGAUUUGGAGGAGCCCUUUAGUCUACUUCCCAUUUGAAGCAGGAAGUCUUGCUAUAAUUUGCUUUUUUGUAUUUUUUCUCAAAAUUCUCAGCUUUCUGAGUUUCUCUGAUUCCCAUUUUUACAAAUUGGGCCUCCUCUAGCAAGUGAGACUUUUCACUUUUCUCCUGGACUGGGUAGAGGGUUUCCCUCAACCCUCAGAUGAAUAAAAAAGUCUGAGUUAAAAUAAUCCAGUCAUUCCUGAUAGCUAAAUACUUGUCACUGGCUAGAAUGCCUGUCCCUUGCUAAACUUUCCUAACCGUGUGACCCAGCUGCUCUUCUCACCAGUCCCACUCACUGGUUAGCUAAGUGGGAACCAGAACAGGCCUGCUUCCUUUUUGUCUCCUCAGCACCUCACUCAUCCUCAUCUCUGAGGUGUGGCCAUUGCUUCUGAGGCCUUUAUUUAAAAGCAGUGGUAUUCCCUGGGCUCAGGGGCCACAGUGAACUUGAGAGAGUGCGGGUACACACCAUGUGGAGAGCGUUUCUGAUAGGACUUUCAGACAGACUCAGUCUGGCUCAGCAUAUGACACUUCAUUCCCAAAAAUGUGUAGGGUUUUAGGAAUGCUCCAUCCGCAGCUGGUCCCCUCAGAGAAGUGUUUCAUACCACUGCUGAUGAAAUGAUACCUACUGGGGGACAGCAGAGCCAUGGCGUCAGGAAGACACAUUCCUGAUGGGCAAGCAGGCUCUCAGCCUUUGCUUCAGCAGUUACUGAAAAUAGCAUGGGUUCACAGCACAAACCCUCUGCAUGUCCUUUCUUCAAGCUGGUGAUCAGGGUUUGACUGGCGCAAUCACAGAAGGCCUUUUGACAUGUCUCUGUUUUACAAGUUGAUUUAUUUACAUUAGAUUCACAUUACAUCAAAUAGAACAUUGAUUGCCUUUAAAGGACUAAUUCUCAGUACGAAUCUGCUUCAGUCGAGCACAUGCUGCUGAAAUACCAGAUCAGAUAUGACACUUAGCCACAGAAAGCCACAGGUACACUGUGCUUGAACACAUUUUGGAUGGCUAUUGGUGUAUGCUUCACACUGUGAGUGUAAAUGGGCUAGGAAAAAGUGGUACUUGUCAAACUUUUGCUUGAGAAUGAAAGAAAGGGAGGAUUUUUUUUGCCAUACCUGUCUUCUGAACAUCUAAAAUUUUUUAGUGUUUCUGAAAGUUUACAACUGUUUCUAGAGAUCUCCCAGGCAGAAUUGCGGGAACCACAUUUUGCUAUGCUGAAAGCUGCCCCGAGGACCGCAGCUGUCUGUUGGUGAGCAGUCCACGGCGGGGCUUGUACAUGCCCUGCUGGGAGGAUGGGCCCAUGCCCUCCCUGGGUGCUCACCGAAGGCUCCGCAGAAUCUACUUGCUCUGACUAGAAGGGUGGACAAAAAGAUGUCUAAGCCUGUUUCCUGUUGGCCUUUGGAAUUUUUAUGAUUGCAGAAAAUCUUCAUCUCUUCAGAAAAUCUUCACCAAAAGUGCUUGGGCAGGCGCCUCUCUGUGGGUUCUUCGCCUUACAGCACGGUCCCCAGCAGUCCUGUGGGCCCUCGGAUGCACUGACAUCACAGCGAGCCAGCCUGCCUAGCAGUUAGUGCAGGACAGUAGAACCCUUACUCCGGCUGACAAAAUUUUUUCCCAAUUCCUUUGCACACAUCUGCAGAUGUUCCAUAGACUACAUGUUUUAAAUUCACUCUCAUCAGUUAUAUAAUUGCCAAAUGGUUGUACUCAUGCAUAUAAUAAUGUACUUUUUUCUAGUAUCCUUAAUCAUGUUUAGAAUAAAUUCAUUUUACUAGGCCAGUAUCCCCAUGCAGACAGUAUGGCAUAUACACUGAAUUUAGAAACCUGAGAAUAAACGACUCAUCUCUGUGUGGGGAAGAAACAGAUGCAUAGGGCAGAGAACGCUGGAGAUGACUUCUGCUCCCCGAGCUGCCCCUUCACUGCUGUCUGAAUCCGAGCCCUACAGUUUUGCCGUGGCCAACACACAGGCUGCAAACUCUGAACUCUAUGGCACAACCAAUCCACGCUUCUCAGAAACUGGGCAAAAAUACUAAAAGUUUGGAAGAUCAAGUUGACUGCAGUUGUCCAAUAAGAUUUUAUCUAAAUGCUUCUAAGACCUGUCCUUAAAAUUUCAGCCUGCUUGUUAGUGAGCAGGCCAAAUCUGCUUCAGACUGGUAGGAGAAAAAAUUGUUUUUAAAAAUUGCCAAAAAAUUAGAUGAAAAUGUACUACUGUAUAAAGCAAAGCUGUAUAUACUAAACAUUUUUUAGCAGAGUAAUAUUUAUUUGCAUAGCCUAUUUAUUGUAUUCAUAUGAUACUGUUAUUAAACACUGGGUAGAAAUUGAUGACCAUAAGCAAGGAAUCUUGCCUUUUAAUGUACCAUUGCUUAGCACUGCUGUGACAUUGUCAGCUUGCAUUAACAAUUAGAAGAUAGAAAACCCACAGUCGGGGUGUCUACCUAACUUCUCAGGGACUACACUUCACAAUUUUCAACCAUUAUAAAGACUGGUAAAUAUGAAACAUUUGUGGAAUUACCAGAAUUGCCAUUAACAGUGUUUUCUUUCUCAUAUUUCAUGCUUUCUGCCUCUGUAUAUAUGACUCUGCUGUGUAUUUAUCAAAGCUAGUAAGCAAUAAUUUAUAUGUACAAAUGGCCAAGCAAUAUAAGCUUAAAACUUAUAUAACUGUUACUUUACCUUGUAUUUUCAAGUGCUUUUUUAAUUGCCUUUCCAAAUAUAAGACUAUGUUAAAGAUACCA